CACAGCAAUGCUUUUAUCUGUGUUUCCUCCCAGUAUACCACAGUCUGGAGCGGAAGGAUUUCUGAGCAGAGGUUGUAUCUGGCUUUUUAAAUUUAAUAGCUGCUGAUGGAUGUUUUUCAAAAAAAUUAGAGGCAGUUUAUAUAUUUAGUAUUCAUAGCACUUUAUGGUGAUGUAAGUCCACAGUUUAACUAUACGGAAAAAUGUUCUUAUUUUCCAGCUUUUGCAGUGAAUGUCUUAUUUCACUCUUUAUAACUGCUGUGUUAAAAGAAACAAUGAAUAUUUGUUUUCUAUAUGUUGGUCCUAUUUCUCUAGCUGUUUCCUCUUCUACCUGAAAGUCAUAGCUUAUUAGUUUCCUGGAUGAAAGCACUGGUUGACCUUGUUGCACUGUAUUCAGGUCCGUUCUGCCUUUUUUACAGGGAAGGUUGUACCUGUGUGAUAUUUUAAGCUGGAGAAGCUCAGUGUUCAUACAGAGGCAUAAUGAUAGUCUCUUUCUGUCCCCUGGUCCCGUGUAGUGUUAACUGCCUGUGAGAUGUUAUUUCCAGAGGACUAAUCAUAGUGACCCUGGGAUCUCUUCCCACAUGAUAAUGCCUAAUUACAGGCUCUUGGUUUAUUUAGUAUGAGAACAACCUUCUGCAGUUUGUCAUUCAGUCUGGGUGUUUAAUUUUGUGAAUAGCUCUAUACAGUGCAUGAGUACACCACCUGUUCAUCACCUUUUUAAAUUUACUAAACAACAGAGAUGCCUGCACAGACCACUUUGGGACUCUAAUUUUUGUCUCUUUGGGACUUUCAUAUAUUCUUCUCAUCCUUCUUUACCUUAUUACUACAUUUUGCCCUUUCUCAUUUAUAGUCGGUCAUUAAUAAAUCCUCUGACAUCUUAGUUUAAGAGCCUUUGGAAGGACCAUUGUGAAAAGGUUUUUGACAAUCCAAUUAUGCUGUCUUGCCCAGGUAUGUUAGAUUAUUCCUUCUUCCAGAGCACCAUGGCAGACUCAUUAGUGUACCUUCCUUCCACAGAAGGUAUGCUGACAUUUCACCAGUCCUGUUCAUUUGCAGCUGACAAGUUUGUUCUGUGACACGUUUUGAUUAACAGAAACCUAGAAUUUGCCUGAGAAUUAUUCUCUUAAUUCCCUGGUAAUCUUUAAAGAAAUUAGUUAACUUCUUGCAUUCCAUGCUUGGUUUAACUUGCAGGUUAUAUGCUACUGAAACUCGUGAGUUUCAUAAUUUCUGAUGUCUGGAGUACCAGUUCUGGCUCUGCCUAGUAAAUAUCUCACCAACUUUAGGAACUAGUAAGGUGGUGGUUUGUCUUGUUCUGGUAUUUUAUUUGUUUGGUUUUUUCUUUCUCUUUCUUUUAAGAAGUUGUCUGCUUUGCAGAGACAGAUGAGCUAUAGAGUUGGGCUAAAGUUGAUGAGGAGACAUGCAGAAGAUGGUUUCUGAGGUUUCCCUCUUGUCUGUGAUGUGGAGAGAUUUGGUAACAGAGUGUUCUGCUUCAGCUACGUGUAGUAAGUGGUUUGUAAAUACAAAGAGAGAAAUACCGUUCUGAAGAUUAACAAUAGAACUAUUGUUUAAUGUUAGGAAAAUGCUAAUGUGAAAUUCAUCGUGUUACUUCAAAAUAGGGUAGGAAUUUGAGAGCCAGAUGAAACAUUUCCAUAUGUUUCAAUUUUUUCAAUAAUUAACAGUGUUUCAGUCAACUGUGUAUGUAAAAUGUAGAGUUAAAUCUUGAGGUAGUAGAUCAGAUUAUAUUCCUUGUAACCUGAGUGUUUGAGGCAAAGACCAUGACACAACAGUCAUUGAACACUAAGUUUUAUCAGAUGUGAGAGUAUAUUCUUGUGUGGUUAUAUGGAUUGAGAAGAUUGACUAGUUAAUUUCAUUAAUCCCUUGUUUAUUUUUUAGUUUGUUUGUUUGGUUUUCUUUGGGGUGCCUUUUUUUUUUUUUUAAAGUAAAAUAGAAUGGAGAAUUGUAAUUGGGAUUUUCCAAAUAUGAUGCAUUCAGAAUGAAGCAGAGACUUAAUACCCACAGCCUGGAUGGUUUGGCUUGCUUUUUCACGUUACUUUGGACAAUAAUGGGAAGUUUAGCUGGAAAUCUGACAUUACUUGACGUUCCCAUAUAGUGUGGAUAAGGGGUUGUCAUUCCCUCAUGCUCAUUUUGAAGCUGAUAGAAAACUGGCAAUUUAAUCAUUAUUCUAAGUGUGGGAGGAAAAAUCUGGGGUCUGCUUUGAUUGCAAGACCCAUCAUUAAAAUUACAAGAUUAAAUAAAAGUCACUAAGAGAUUUUUAGAGUAAGAAAUUCUUUUAACUAUACAAAUAUCACUGAAUAAGAUAUACAUAUUAGUGCUAAUUAUAAACUGUUAUUAAAAGUUCUGUAGAGAGAGAAUAAAUGUCAAAACUCUUGGGAGGAAAUGCAGGGACUUUCAUGGCAACUACAUGAAUUAAAACAAGUAUAUGUCAUUAUGUUACAUGGGAUAUAUUUGUAAACGUACAAUGUCUUGACUGGAGUGUAUGUUAAAUUUACCUAGACUUUCAUGUCUUUGUGCCUAUCCAGAUAAAAGCCAUCUGUGUGACAUCUGUGGAUUACUAGACAAAUAUAAAAGCUUUAAACAGCUUCACAGCUCCUUUUGGGUUUUAUUUUAGUGGAAAAAAAUCACAUUGGCUUUUAAGGAAAUGCUCAGUAUGUACCCCCACAAUUUUUCAAGUUGAAACAUAAGCAUGUCACAAGUUGUAGUAGUAUUUGAAACGUGCAGAGAAGGAAUGUUUGGCAAUUUCUGAUUGAUGCAGACUUGAAACUUUUUUUUCCAAGACAUUGCACCUCUCCAGAGGUUCCUUUCCAUAUCCUUUCUACCAUGGGGGGGGUAAAAGUUUUCUAGGUUACCAGAUACUGCAUUUCCAACUUGUAUCACAACCUGUCUAGGUUAAAGACCAGAUGGUGCAAUCUGAUCACAGUACAGUGCUGUGACAAGUGAUUCUCUGCUGAUUGUCUGAAUGAAUUUUACUAACCCAGUUAUGACUGCUCCUUUUCAAGUUUAAGGAUGAUAUUUAGAAAUUUUAAGUAUGCUGCACUGUGUUAAGUUUAUAAUUCUAUUUCUUACUGCUUGUGAUUUUUCAGGUUUUGAUAUGGCCUGAACUCAGACUUUCUUAGGGAGGUUUCUGUCUCGUAUCUUGACAUGUUUAUGGUCAGUCCGUCCCCUGUCCCCCAGAACACAAAACAGUAAUUAAGAAGAGCUACUUUCAGCUCUUUGGGUUUGUGAAAUGUACUAUUUUUAAACUUCACCCUAAAUUUGUUCUUGAAAAGAAAGAUGUACUUAAUUAUCUAGGAGCUUCUAGAAAUAUUUCUGUAGACUUUUGUCCAAAAAUUCCCCAGGUGCCUUUCAAAAAAGUUCUGGUAUGUUAUUACCAUGACAACUUUUUUUUUUUUUUAAGUUCUUUGGGGUUUUUUGUACUUGUUCCAAAAAACACUUGAGUGCUUUGCCUUGAUUACUACUUCUUCAGUAUUAUCCAAGCUCUCUGAUUUAAGCGAGGUGUGUGUUGGAUUUUGUAGUGAGAUGGUUCUGCUGUUACGUUCAUGCAUUUGAAAUUGGAUUCCAGAGGCUCAUCUUUGUACAAUCCAUCCAUGUCUUGUUCUCUCCACUAAUUUCUAGCUUGGAAGAGCAAGUGACACUGCCAACUGGCAGAAUUACAUCUAGAAAGCACUGGAUUGUUACAAGUUUAUGGGCAAGUCAUCAAACCUGCUAGCAAAGUAACUAAUAAAUCCCUGUGUACAGGCAAUGGGCACAGAAGAGAAAUCAUUAAGUAGUUAUGGCAGUUUUAGCUGCUUAGUGGUUUUCUCUUCCACUUGCAAUCACUCAGAUUUUUUGCAUUAGUAUGAGAUGCUGGGAAACAGCAAAAUUAGAUUUUUGCUUGCUAUUGCAUUUUUUUUCUAACCAGGAUUGAAGGCGGGGGGGGACAAAGACAGACAAAAAACCUUCUUGCUACUAAAAGCUCGUAGCAUUCUCUUUUGCAGCUGACAUGGGAUUGUCUUGUUCUGUACUUCUGAAUUUAAUUUGAAAUACAGUAUGUAAAGAUAAAUCAAGUACAAAAUGCUGACCACUCCUUGAAAUGAUUACUUCUUUAAAGCUACUGCACUUGUCUGAUGACAUGUAAUAAUUUGAGAUACUUUGGGGUAGCCUUCUAACAGUUGAAGGAAGUUCUUGAGUUUCAUGCUUUUCAAAUCUUGAAAUUGCUGAGGGUGGCUCUUAGUCUGAUGUAUUAGCAGUGUGCAGUGGACUGCAGGUUGUCUUCUCAAAGCAAAAGACUCUAGAGCUUUCAAGGUUGAAAAAGAAUACAGUUUCAUUAUCUGGACUCUAUUUUACUUCUUACGUACUCUUACUUUGUCUUCACUAGACACCAUUCUGAGCUUGGGUUUGUGUAUUAAUGGUCUGUGUUGUUAACAGUAUCUCCCUAGAGAGUAGUCUUGCUAAAGCAUCUGCACUGAAUGAAUCUGCAUGUGACUCGUGGAUCUCAAAUUUAAAGCAUCAUUUCAUUUGCACACCUGGACUAGUCCUGUUUCUGCUUCCAGUGAAAUGUUGCUUGGGGGGAGAGAUGCUGUGUCAGAAUAGUAUUGUCAGUGUAGAGAGACCUGUGGGUUGAUAAUACUGCACGUUCAGGAAACGUAGGUGAUAAAAUCUCAUAAUGGGUCCAUCAGAAAUGUGAGUAGUAUUUUUGUGGACUUUCCAACCUCCUUAAUGGAAUUUGUGCGUCUUAAGGUUCUUAAUGACCAUUUGAAACAUCUUAUUAGAAUGCAGGAUUGUGAUGUCAGUAGUGAGAACAUACUUGUACCUUAAUUUACUGCCUUUUUCCCUUAUGUUUUCACAUUUAUUUGAUGGAUACAACAGAAAUGAAACUAACAUGUGAGAAGUGUGUCCUCUUAAUGCUUUCAAUUCCAUUUUUAAAAGCAUAGUUAUUUAGUUCAUUUCUGGACAUCUUGGUUUUACAGAGGGGAAAAAAUGGGAAAAUAUGCAUAAAUUUGUAUGGGCUGAGAGAAAGGAGAAAAAACAUUUGCUAAACAAGAACAGCAACUAGAUUGUUGUAUUGACUGUGUUUUAAUGCUGCUUCGUGUACUUUCAGAUGUGAAAGUUUUCAGGAACUACUAAAUUACAACACGUGUGAGGAAUAGCUAUUUGCCUUUUUUCCAUAUAAAUUUAUGAACCUGGAGAAAUACUCAUCCAUCUGGAUACUUUUUUUAGGGGUGUUUUUGUUUCUUUUUUUAGUGCUGAGCAUUCUAUUACAUGAAUGUGCACCAGUAUGAUCUCUUAAAAACUUAGUGUUACUUUGGACAAUAUGUUCUGUGCUUUGUAAUAUUGAUAAGGAUUUUUAUUUUCUCUGUGUUCUCAAGAGACCUUAUGGAUAACAGCACACUUUUUCCCUCUUCCCUUCUUUCCCCCCACCCCGCCCCCCCCAAAUGAUAGCUUUUUCCACAGUGAUAAGAAUACAGUAUUUUGGUGUCAGAAAUUUAGAAGUUGCUUUUCCACAGUGUGUUUAUUGGAACAUUAGCAGGGGGUUACGUGAGAACAUCCUUGUGCUCUACAAGUCUACACAGUCCAUCUAAAAAAGACUUGAAACUUUGUUCUGAAGUGUUGAUUUAAAAAAGGAGCCUUCUUUCCUGUUAGGUGGAAAGUUUGUUUCCCUGAAGUAUUCUUGUUCCCAUAACAGCUGAUGGGUUGUUCUGUCCAAAUCUUAAGCAUCCAAACUGGAUUUAAAAGUUCCAACAGUGAGAUAAUUAAUGCUAUUAUGUGUGUUACUGUGUGGUGGAGGUAGGGUGAGGAGACAAACAAUCUAUUCUUUCUUAUGAGUGGGUGGCUUUCCUUUGGUUUCUGGAGGGUCAGUGCUGUAUUGAGUGGCUGUGCCAACAUGGUAAGGCUUCUCCUGUUUGUUUUUGUCAACAAUUUUGGAAUUUCUGCAAAGAAGCAAGCAACUUGCCAGGGAAAGGCAAUAUAACUAAAAGUUAAUUUAAAUGGUUAAAUAUUAGAAGUUUCUUUGCCCUCCACCAAGUAUCUUCUCUAGAGCCUUUACAACACUUCUCUUUAAGUAAUAAUCCUACUUAGACUUAUCCCACAGAGACUUAUAUUAAAACUUCUUAUAAGUUUACUUUAAUAAAAUUGUUUCCUGGUUAUAUGACAGGAAAAUACUUAAUAUUUGUCUUGCUGUGUUUUCUCUGACACACAUUAACAGAAACAACUGAGUUAUCUAUAAUGUGAGUUAUUAUUUUCACGUGUACUUGGUAUUUUAGCUUUAGUUAAUGGUUUACAAGACAAUUAAGUUCGAAGCUAAAUAUUGAUAGAUGCAUCAUUUUUGCAGUGUAAUAUUUGCUGUGCUUACAGAGUUCCAAAUGCUGUGUAAAGAUGUAGAAAAAUUUUACAUGGUUCAAGUUCAACAGUCAUUCUUCUGUGCCUGCUUUAAUCUUCUAGCUGUAUUAGCUGCUUUUGUUAAUCUAAAAUGCUCCUGCUAUUUUAGGAGAUGCCUACGUAACACACGUUGCCAGCAAUUGUACAAAAUACUUUACCACUGAAGCAGUUGCUCAGGUACCCUGCCUGUUUUUGUUGCUAUGGGCGAUUGGAAGACUUUUAUUGUGCCAGUGCUGUCAUCAGAUAGCAAAAAUAUAUUUCAAUAUACCUCAGAAAGAAAGAGAUCUCCUACAAGCAUGAACUCACAAGUGCUACGCUUGCCACUGCCUUCAUCCAAAAACGUGCACAGCUUUUUCAGUGCCUUCUGCACGGAAGAGAAUAUUGAGCAGAGUAUAUCCUAUAUUGAUAGGGAACUGACAACAUUGGGUUUUCCUUCUAUUUAUACGGAGUCCAAAGGAAAAGAGUUAAAUUUAAUAUCUGUCAUAAAUUGUAUGAAUGAAUUGCUUGCACUCCAGCACAAGAACCUUCGAGCUCAGGAAGAAGUAGAAAUGCAACAUCUGAAACUGGGAAGUGAUAUGGAUCACUUACAGAACUGCUAUGCUAAAUUAAAGGUUCAGAAGUUACAGAACAUAAUUUCAAGUAGAGCUACACAGUACAAUCAUGACAUGAAGAGGAAAGAGAGAGAAUAUAACAAAUUAAAGGAACGCUUGCAUCAAUUAGUCAUGAACAAAAAGGACAAAAAGAUAGCUAUGGAAGUUCUAAAUUAUGUUGGUAGAGCUGACGGGAAGAGAGGUGCAUGGAGGACUGAUAAGACAGAAGUCAGAAAUGAAGAAGAAAUGUACAAAGUUCUGUUAAGUGACUAUGAACAACGCCAAAAACAACUUUUAGUGGAAAAUGCUGAGCUGAAGAAAGUUCUUCAGCAAAUGAAGAAAGAGAUUAUUUCACUUCUCCCACCACAGAAACAGAAACCUAAGGAAAGGUCUGAAGAUGGGCUGGUGCUGUCAGACCUGGAGGAAGAUAUUGGAGAGUUAAAUAAAGAGAAUAUGUGGGAAUUAUCUUGUGAAACUGUGCGAGAGCAACUUACCAACAGCAUUAGAAAACAAUGGAGAAUGUUGAAAAGUCACGUUGAAAAGCUGGAUAACCAAGUGUCACGUGGACAUUCAGGAGCCUGGAAUGAAAACGAUGUCAUUUCAAGAGAAGACCAUGAGCUGGAAACUGAAAAGCUAGAGUUAGAGAUUCAGCAAUGUAAAGAAAUGAUCAAAACUCAGCAACAGCUCUUGCAGCAACAGCUUACAUGUGAUGAUGACACCACUCUGUUACUACAAGACUGCUACUUGCUGGAAGAAAGAGAACGUCUUCAGGAAGAAUGGAGACUAUUUCGAGAACAAAAAAAGAAUUUUGAGAAGGAACGAAGAAGUUUUACAGAAGCUGCUAUUAGAUUAGGACUUGAGAGAAAGGCAUUUGAAGAAGAUAGAGGAACAUGGCUGAAGCAGCAGUUCUUAAGUAUGACUGCUGAUUGCAAGCACUCUGAAAAUGUGACAACUCCAAGUGCCUUCUUAAGAAGUUCUGACCAAGACAAUUGGUUAGUGAAAUCUACAUCUCAGCAAAGGAAACCUCCCUCUGUGUUGAAUGGUCCUGUUUCAGCAGAACCUUGCCAGACAUCUCAGUAUCUUACACAUAACAGUGUUGAAUCAAAAAAAAUUGCUGGAGACAGCAUGCCAAAUCUGUGGGUAGAAAAUGAUGACAAAGAAGAAACUGAAGAAUGCACAAAGUCGUGGGAAGACUCUGGAGCUGACACUCUGCUCUGUAGAAACUUGCACAUGGAACAACUGCCUUAGACUUCCUAGGGUUGCCAGCUGGGUUUUUUGUUAGAGAUUUGUUCAUAAACUUAUCAUUCUAAAUGAAACAGAAUGCUGUGAGUUUGAUCAUUCUUCUGGAGGAUUAUGUGGUGAUCUGAAUUGUGGUGUGUGUGUAUGUGCGUGCACAUGGCUUUUAAUUUUUAGACCAUUUCUUGCCUCUUUUUCUUGCAACUCUUGAAAGAAAAUAAUUUAAAAAUAUAUGAAAGCUUUGAUAUUUUUCUAGUAAGAGAAGCUCUGGUUCUAUGAAUGAAGCAAUGGUCUGAAACUUUAACUGUAAUGAAAUACUGGAUCCUAAUGUUACCUUUCAUCACAGGCAGAGAUAGCACUUUUAGAAAUUGUUUAAUUACUGGAAGCAUUCAUUUAUGUUUUAAGUGUUACUGGCACUAAAUCCUCUUGCCUUCACUUGAAUGUACAGUAUACUGUAGAUUUUUAACAAAACAGGUUCUAUAUUUAUUGUGUGAUUUGAAAAUACCUCUUUGAUAUUUCAGUGACUUAAAGCGCAAAAACUUUAUAUAUUUGUAAAUAGACCAAGUGGUUAUGCUGAGAAACCAUGAAAUUAAACACAUGCGUACAUAAAUAUUAUUUUACAUUGCAUUUUAAAUUGUUUUAUAGUGAUACUCAGUUUACAGAUGCGUUAGGACUUUCAAUGGUUCAGUCAGGAACCAAAGUCUUUUGAAUGUGAACAAUAAAUGUGUAAUUCUAUCCUAAAAAGCCCUGGUUCUCUAUUUUGUGUGCACUGAAGCUAUAAGCUUUCAUGGUUGUAGGACUGUAUACAAUGUUUACCAAUCUGGUGCUGGUUUUGUAUUAUAUUAAUUUUUCCUUUUAAUUGACUGCAGAAUAUUUUUUGUGUUGCCUUUGGGAAGUCUCUUGUUUAUAAUGUAAUAAAAAUAGCCAAGUAAAGGUAGGAUGUUUCAGAGUCUCCUUCACCUGACUCAAUGCAUGUAAUUUUCCUUGCCCAGUACAAGUCCAUCUUGUCUCUUGUUGAGUUUUUGUGCAUCUGUGAUCACAUCUAUAGCUCUAAUCCUGGCAUAAUUGGCCUUUUGGAAGGUGUCUAAGAAAAUUCUGCCUUUCUCAGGGUCACAGGUGGGAAAUUAACUCAAGCUUAGAUUCCUUCACUGAAAAUACAUAGCUGCUCUGCCCAUUUUCUUCAGAAUUGGGUGUAAUGUAGUGAUUGGACUACACAGAAAAAUAGCAGUGGAAUAACAUAGGGAAGAAAAGAAACUGGAGUUCUUCAAGAAGCUAAGGCAGAAAGCUGCAGUUUCUCCUUCUUAAUUUAGUACACUGAGUUACUGCUUGAGAUGAAGUAGUAGCCAAUGUAAACUGCAGAGGAUACUUGUGUGGUUUUCACAUGGCACCCUUCAGGAAGCAGAAGUGGAUGAAAUUAUAUUCUUGGUUGGCUUUCUGCUGCAUGGGUGGUAGUGGGGUUAGAAGGACAGAACAUUGUAUUUCUCUGUUUCUCCAGUUCUUCCCCAGUAAAUGGGUGAUCCCAGUCAUGUUGUUUGCUGCAGGUGUUUGGAAGAGUACAGUUAUUGCUGGGUUUCCCAUAAAUUGUUGGGUAGUCCUUGCCUGAAUUUUAGUUAUGGAAGAAUAAAAACACAUUCAAAAAUAUAUGUAAAUAAACAAAGUGAAAAAUGUAAUAUACUAAGUGGGAGAACAGUACUGUGCAUGUAGGGUUAUGUUCAAGGCAGUAGGUGACUGAAGGCCUGUUAAGUCCAUGGCUGAGGCAGGAUCUGGAUGCCACUAGGGGCUGCUGCUGCUUUAAGGUGAGCUUGGGGGUGCCUUAUUGGGACACUUACAUGCAUUUGCUUUACUUGGGCCCUCUUUCUUCAGACUAGUUUUCUUCAUGGAAGUAACUUUUAGGAUAAUAAUGCCUUGAAGAACAAAAGUUACCUAUUUAUUCUUUUGUUUGUGUCUAUAGAGUGAUUAGCAAAUAAUAAACAUUUUUGUAGUAAUUCUUUGCUUUAACAUUCUGUAAUUCAUCUUGUGGAAAUGUGUUUGAAUGCCUCCAUGGGAAAAGCAACUGUGCUAGAAGGGUGUAUGCAGUUGAGUUCUGAGCUGGCUUCAGGCCUGGAAGUCUGAGAUACAGAUUCAGUCCUGUUCCUGUAAAGAAGUCAAACAUAGUUUUUGGAUCACUCUAUAUAUAGUGAGUGGAAAGCUUUUAAAUCUGAUGCUCCUGCUAAUAGUGGUAUGACUGCCACAGAUGGUGACAGUGUAGUACUUCAUGGUGUUGGAAACAACUGCAGGAUCUUACUCAGAGACUGUUGAAGAACAGAAGGGGAGGCUUCUUGCAGGAAUGUAGUACAGGUGUGUCACUUCACACAACUGUAUAUUUGAGGUAAUAGAACAAGUGCCCUAUCUAAGGAACAAGAAAUACAGACUACCAGUGACUGAUUACCAUACAGCUAUUGUUAGCUACCUAUGCAUGAUAUUGAAAAGAUGAGUUGUUACCUAAAACUGUGGUGUUUUGUUUCAUAAAAAUCUUUAAAUAUAAUAUUGCUGCUUUUUCAGUCUAUGAUGGGAGUGCUUUUAUCAUAAAUAUUAGUCUGAUUAGGUAUGAGAACUUACUUUCCAGGAUUAUAUUAGAACUGAUAAUUUUUUUCUCCUUCAUCUGCAAUGGUUAAGGAUGAUACAAUGUAGUUUUUGCAAUAUAGACUGUAUAGUGAAGAAACUAAUAAAUGAAAAUUUUUCUUAAGAGAACUUUCUCCCUACAAAACAGCCUCUUCCUAAUUUGAAGAACUGCCUCCACCAAAUUCUGCAGACUUGUAGCAGGAUAAAAAUAUUCCUAUGUAUAUACAAACAAAAAAAAAAAUCAUAUCUUAGCUUUUUGUUCAGGGUCAUUCUAUGUACACUUCAACCAGGUCAAGGUGACUGAUAUAUUUAGAUAAUAUCAAUGCAAACAUUAUUCUUGAAAGGAAAAUUGAAAUAUAUGCAGGGUAAUGGCUUUGCUGUAUAUAUUGAAUUAGCAGGUUAGUUAUUACUUGUGCAGCUUUUUUUUUUUUUUUUUUUUAAUUUGCAGUUAUCACAAAGCUUUUGUGUGUGAAGGCUUUUGCAAAGACAUCUUGGUUUUAGAUUUUUCUCUUCCACUGCCCCCAUCUGAUUUGCAAGAGAAGUAGAUGACAAGGUACUAAAGUUUGAUGUAGUUGGAUAGAAAAACUGAUCUCAAAAGAAGUGUUUAAAUUAUCAGAUUAUUUAUUUAUUGCUUUCAAACAAAACAUCUGAUCUCUAAUGUUAACUAUGCCCUGCAAAGUUGCACUGCAACAAAAAAAUAAAAUCCCAUGGUAUAUUUUUUGUUACAUUUUUCAUACUGACACAAUGUUCGUGUUCCCUUAUUCAAGUUUUGAGUCCAGUGGAAUGCAUAACAGGUAACUUUGUUUUGAAGAAAUGUCUAACAAUAAAAAAUUAAUUCUAACUAUAUGAAA